AGAAAAGAAUUUGCUAGAUUUAGGACACUUUUCCCCUCUAUCUGAAACCUUUGUUAGUCCCCCACCACUGUAGACCUCUGCAGAAAACAGCCGUGAUAAAAAUAUAAACUGCAACGUUAGGAUUAAUAAUUAUAUUACGUACACGUACGUACUGUACAUGUACAUGUUUCGAUUUUGUUCCACUGUGGCCUCAUGUGGUCUUCACUCUCCUGCUUUCAACUGCAUGUAUUUUGGCUAUUCAGUGGGUCAGUAUCUCACACUUGUAGCAUCAAGAUAGUGACAUAGUCCCAGAAUUUAUUUCAUUUGAACGCUGAGAAGCAGUGAGUAAGACAGCUAGCUGUGGGUAGAUGGACCGGACAGGUGUCGCGAUUGGAGACGCCGCUGACACUCAGCACAGCCGAGCUUUGACGGAGUUCACGCCUGUGUCACAAGUGACGCCCUCAACGUUUGGGACGCCACUAGUUUUACUAGUCUCCUUUGACGGAUUCCGCUGGGACUACCUGGACAGAACCGACACCCCCCACUUUGACAGUUUCGUCCGGGAAGGCGUCAAAGCAAAGUAUAUUUUUGACACGUUCGCAUCCAAGACAUUCCCCAACCAUUACUCUAUUGCGACUGGGCUUUAUCAAGAAUCACACGGCAUUGUCGGGAAUGUGAUGUACGAUCCUUUCUCGGGAGCAAAUUUCUCUUUGUCAGUAAAGCAGAACCCUGUGUGGUGGAAUGACGGUGAACCGAUUUGGGUGACCAAUCAGAAACAAGGAGGCCACAGUGCUCUCAUCAUGUACCCCGGCAUGGAGGUCAAGAUUCGAGGUCAAUACGCAACAUACAGACUUCCAGAGUACAACUCCACCUUCCCGUUCAAGGAGCGCAUCGACAUGAUCACGAAUUUUUUUGCAAACGACUCGGUUAAUCUGGGUCUCUUGUAUUUCCACGAGCCAGACCACUCGGGCCACGUGCUCGGCCCCGAUUCGCCGGGCAUGGAUGCUGUCCUCCAGAUGUGCGAUGAAACCCUGGGGUACCUGAUGGAACAGCUACGAAAUGCAGGCCUGGAUGACAGGGUUGACGUGAUCAUAACGUCAGAUCAUGGGAUGACACCUGUGUCAUCCAACAACUUCGUUCAGUUGGAUGAUUUCGUCGACCCGUCCCUCUACCAUUACACAAAUAACAAUCCGGUAUUUGGUAUUUGGCCAUUCAAAGAGAGCGAUGUUGAAGUUAUUUACAGUAAGCUGCAGGGAGUCGGCCCCAAUGUGAAUGCAUACUUGAAGGAGGAGAUUCCGGCCCGGUAUCAUUACCGUGCCCACCCACAUAUUGCACCCAUUGUGCUGGUUGCUAAGGAAGGUUGGGCGAUUCACCGUGGUAAUGACACCAGCAGAAGUUAUUAUCUUGGAAACCAUGGCUACAACAAUAGUCUGAUGUCCAUGCACCCGAUCUUCAUCGCCCGCGGCCCGUCCUUCCGUCGUGGCCUUGUGGUGGAGCCAUUUGAGAACGUCAAUAUCUACCCGCUCAUUUGUCAAAUAUUAGGCCUCGAGCCAGCACCAAAUAAUGGAUCGUUGGGAAACGUUCAAGACUUACUGAGAUACUCCGGGGUUGUUAAAAAAUCAACCACACCAGAGACAUUCACAACUGAGAGUGGAUCCAAUGCCAAGCCACCAUCUUCAACUUUGUCCACCAGUACCAUCAUCGGUAUUGCAAUAGCUGGAGCCGUACUCAUUGUAGCAGUCUGCCUACUGGUGGCCAUGUGUGCCAGACAGAGGUCCUACCGCCAGCCGCCUCGCCAGUACACGCCCAUUGCAGACACCUCGUUGGAUGUUGCCGAUGAUGACAUUGACGAUUCCGGUUUCUCCUCUUACAACUACCCUAACACCAAGAUCUGAAUGUGUAGGGGGGAGGAAAAGCUUAUUGCAGUGUAGCCCCUCCCCCUCCCAUUUCUGUUUGAAGUACAGAUGAACUAUUUAUAGAGCGGUCGAUUGAACAAAGUGAGAAGUCAUUACUGCAGUGGUUGCAUGCUCGCAGAAGUCGUACAUGUAUGUGCGCACAUUAAAUGACCUUUAAACCAACAAGGAAUUUUGACUCGUCAAGGUGUACGCAUACCCGGGACAUACGUGUACAUGUAAGUGUAAAAGUGGUGCUGUUGCAUCCUAACUAUGGUAUUGUCCCAACUUUGGACAAGCCCAACAAUAAUUGGGACCUGCCAUACUACAGAGUUGGGCCCAUCAUCAGAGUUGCUUUAGUUGGGGCGUAACCUCACUGAAUUGAUGGUGUUUCGGGGGAUCAGUCGAUGGUCUGAAGGUCCUUUUUUAUUCUAGACAAGUGUAACUCAAUUUUGAUUAUAGAAAGAAGUGCAAGUGAAACUUUGGGGAAUUCCAAGAAAGAUUCCCAUUACAGCAACAACGAAAACCCUCAAGUUGAGGGAAUCAGACCCCUUUGAAGUGCACGUCACAUGGUGAAAAAAACUGGAUUUGCAGGAAUGAGAUCAAAACUGAAACAUGUUUACUCCUAAUAAGACAAGAAUAUAAUCCCGGGCUACAGCUACAAAGUUGUAUCAACCCUAACAGCUGUCAAUUCUUCACCUACUGGAGGAUAGAGAAUUUUCCACUUUCAGACUUGUUUAGAGUGAAGCGUAGCGGUACAGACACGUGGAAAAGCUCAAUUUAAUUGCCGUAUAUCUCCAGGUUUAUGUUCCACGCUGCAAAUUAAAUACAAUUCAGUUUGGCCCAAAGGUGGAAUGCAUAAUUAAAUCAUGCAUUUCAUUUGCUCUGGGCGAAUUUGUGCGCAUGUACAUAUACAUGUAGGCUAGGGAUGGUUUAAGCUGGAUUUCAUCACGGAUUUGUUACUCCAGUGUUUUGGGGUUUUAUUAGAGUAGACCUUACUCACAUGGAAGCCAUUUUUAUCUUGUUCCUUGAAGCUGUCAUACUCAGUGUAACCUGUUACAUGGGACGGUGCCAGACUAUUUUAAGUUCCAAACUUCAUUUUCAUUUUACAUGUAUGUGGCUUAAAACAAUUUAUAAUAAUCUUCCAAGUAUUCUGAACAAAAGUGUUGUAAAUGUGUAUUGAACUUUUAUUUUGUCACCUUUUUUUUACUCUCAGGUUCCCAAAUUAAAAGUUUUACUUCACUUUUGAUUUAAGAUGGCUGAUGCAUGAAUUUUGUCUAUUUCUUUAAGACCACAUUGAAGUUAAGUGUUCUUCAAAUGCACAGACAUUACAUCCAUGCGAUUGACAGCUUCAUUGUAUUUCACUCAUCGGAGUGAGAAAUCAAAGCACUACACUGUUAGUAAAUAUGAUCCUCCUUCUUUGCAAGUGCAAUUAAGUUCCACUGUCAGUCAGACAUAUCUGAAAGUACUGGCCUUCCAGCUUUGGAUAUCAUAAUUUGGCCAUUUUUUAUAAGAAAUUUGACAUUAACACCUGCUACUGACAGUAAGUGCUUUGCUUGUUGCAGUUAUGUAUAGAAAUAGAAUUUAUGCUAUCACCAGAGUACAUUAUAUGUUUGAAAUAUUUAUUUGCAAAACCUGUGUACUAGUUCAGGAAAUGUAUCUCCUGUGCCAACUUUUUUUUUUCCUCAAAUUGUUCACCCCUUGUGCCAAGUUCAUUUCUGAACAGUGCUGUUAUGUUAGUACAUCAGUGUGUGUCGGCUUGGACAUUAAGUAAUGCCACGUGGUAACCCCCAUUUUAGCCAAAAAAAAAAAUGAAAACAAAUAACAGUGCUGGCCAACGAUUGGCAUCAGUUGGCCAAACCCGAGUCCUUUGUGUUGAACCUCAUAAUGAUAUCUGCACUAUUCAGCACGAUCGUUGAGUAUUUUUUAAUGGGUGUGACUGGUUCUGUUCUGCGCAUUUGGUGUUUAUGAUCAAGUACAAACGAUAGUGUGGUAGCUGUCCAAAACUGUACUUGUGUGUACAAUUUUGUGAGCAUUUGCGUGCCGUUUGAUCGUAGAUUUCUGUGCAUAUAGAUCAUAACCCCAAUAUAAGGUGCUGUUACAGUGGGAUGUAUUGCAUUAUUAGUACUUGCACUAAAUGUAAUUUAGUCAUUAUUUGAAGGCCAUGCAUACAGUCAUUGGCGUAGGCAUGUGUUGCUCAGUGUUCUCUGGGGAUUCUGAAUUGUGGAUCAAGACUGCCACUUCAUUUGAAUUGCCGAUUAUACACAAAAAAAAUUUACCACUGACUGGAGCUGAACACCCAUGCAUAGAUAGUGUUCUAACUACUGAAUGCAUUUGCUGAACGAGAAGGGGUUUUUGUGGGCCAAUGUGAUUAAUUCUAUCAAUUCUAGAACAGAUUCAAAAGAUUUUGUUGACUUUCUUGGCAAUUUAUAUAAAUUUGGCAUUUUUCAAAAACUGAUCUAAUAAAAUUUUCUUCAGGCAUUUAGCGUGCACAUUCAUUUCUAUCAAUACUGUACCAUUUAGAAACACUUUAUUGUGUAUUGUACAUGUAUUUAAACGUGUUUAUCGUGAACUACAAUGUAUAAAAACAAUUGAAAUACGUAUCGUUGAAUGAAAUUUGCAGAGAAUUCUAUUUAGGUGACAUUGUUAAAGUACAGGUACCAAAGUUAAUACCAUGUAAUUUAUAAACAGAUUAAAAUAUCUAUGGAAAAUGUACAGUAAUUUGUACUAGGACAAGGUAUGUACUAAAGUUAGGGAGCGUUUCAUAAGUGUUGAAGGCGGUAUUUACUGCGGUACCGCUGUUUUUUUAGUGGUACUGCACUAGUUACCUGAAAGGGCUUAAUGCUGGUACCGCAAAAAUACAGCGGUACCGCAGUAAAUACCGCCUUCUGUAAUUAUGAAACGUUCCCUUAUUGUGCUACUUGUCAGCUGAAUUUAACUGCCGAUUCAGAAUUUUCCUCUUGGUGCAAUCGUUGGGGAGUACUGUACAUGUAUAUUGGAGGUCAGUCUUUCUUAUAGGACAAAUUGCAUGCAUGUGGGCAUGUACAUGUUAAAGGAGGCUUCUGUAGUUAGACUACUUCAUAAUACAGUACGUAAUCGUGCCUUACAUGUAUGUGUGUACUGAUGAAUAAACAAAGGACUCGGUUCAACAUUGAAUUGAA